UUCCUGGCGGAGCAGAACCCGGUGAAGCCGCUGGUGAUGUCCUUCCACGGCUCGACCGGCACAGGCAAAACCUUCGUGAGCUCCAUGCUCAUCCGCCACCUCUUCCAGGGCGGGCUCCGGAGCCCCUAUGUGCACCAGUUCUCUCCGAUCGUGCACUUCCCCCAUGCUGAGCACAUAGAGCAGUACAAGGAAAACCUGAAGCACUGGAUCCAAGGGAACCUGACACGCUGUGGACGAUCAGCCUUCCUCUUUGACGAGAUGGACAAGAUGCACCCGGGCUUGAUCGACGUGAUCCUGCCCUUCCUGGGACCCUCGUGGGUUGUGUACGGGACCAACUACCGCAAAGCCAUCUUCAUCUUCAUAAGCAACGCAGGAGGGGAGCAGAUCAACGCGAUGACGCUGGAUCUGUGGCGAGCCCGCAGGGACCGGGAGGAGAUCAGCCUGCAGGACCUGGAGCCGGCCAUCGCCAGAGCCGUGUUUGACAACCCUCACAGUGGAUUCUGGAAAUCUGGGAUCAUUAAUGAAAGUCUCAUAGAUUUUGUUGUGCCCUUCCUCCCACUGAAGCACCACCACGUGAAGCAGUGCGUGGUCAGUGAACUGGUCCAGCAAGGCCUCGAAGUGCGUCCGGGUGUUGUCCAGGAGGUGGCUGACAGCAUUCCCUACUUCCCAGAAGAGGAGAAAAUAUUCUCAUCAACAGGCUGCAAAACAGUGGCCUCUCGGAUCAGCUUUUUCUUGUAG